AUGUGCCCCAAACCUGGCCGCCUUGCUUCCAUUCUCCUGCAUUGGGAAGCUUUGACACAAGCGGUUCGUCGAGACGGUCUCGCAGCACUUGGCCGCCCACAACAAAUUCGAGAUGCCGCUUCAGCGAAGUUGUUCAGUAUAACCUCUGGAAAUUUCAUCGCCUAUGAAGACACAACCGUUGUUCCCUCGCUCGUACAAGCUGCUAGUGGCGUUAUUCUCGAACUGGGCCCUGGCCCAGGCAAUCAGAUUCAUCGUUAUGACACCGCUCUUGUCAAGCAUAUCUAUGGCAUUGAACCUAAUCCGCACUUCAAAGACGCCAUAGAUGCCAAAUUGGACAAGUAUAAUCUGCGGGAUAGGUAUAAGGUUAUAGUUUGCGGCAUUGAAGACAGCGAUGUUCUGAGGGAAGAGGGAAUCACCGAGGGGAGUUUGGAUGCCGUGCUAUGCAUCCAGGUUCUGUGUGCAGUAAAGGAUCCAAAGAAUGUGAUGAAGGAGGUGUGGAAGCUGCUCAAACCUGGAGGCAAGUUUAUAUUCUGGGAACACGGAUGGAGUAGAAACCGCUUGACGACUGUAGCGCAAGCUUGCUGGAAUCCUGCUUGGGGCACAUUUGUCGGAUGUGAUUUGACGCGGAAUGUGCUGGCAGACAUUCUCAACAGUGGAGAGUGGGAAAAUCCACGCGAGGUCCAAGAACCUGAAGAACCGUUUAGUCUGUUGCCUAGGAUUCAGGGUGUGCUUGUCAAGAAGGCUUAA